UGAUGCCGGUUCCGGCAUGGCCACCAUCCGGCACUCUUCGAUCCUCAACCUGGGCGAGUUCCACACCGUCCGCCUCUACCGCAACCUGACUCAGGGGUCUCUGGUGGUGGACGGCCACCCCGCCGUCAACGGCAGCUCCCAGGGCAGGUUUCAAGGCCUGGAUCUCAACGAGGAGCUGUACCUGGGCGGGUACCCCAAUUAUGCGGCCAUCGCAAAAACCGGCCUCAGUGGUGGAUUUGUGGGAUGCGUGCGCCAGCUGAUCAUCCAAGGGAAGGAAGUGAUCUUCAAAGAUUUUGACCUGCAAGCCCACGGAGUCUCCAACUGCCCGACCUGCCAAGACCAACCCUGUCAGAACGGAGGCGUCUGCACGGACUCAGAUAGCAGCAGCUACACAUGCAAGUGUGCCCAGGGAUUCGCCGGGAGCAACUGUGAGCACCCCCAGGCCCUGCGCUGCCAUCCAG